AUGGCAACCAAACGCAAGUCUUCCGACGAAGACACGUAUGACAACAAUGAGGCUCGGACUCCCACAAGCCCCCCCAGAAAGAAACUCCGGAUCACGCGCAAUCAGAAGCAGGCUUUGAUCGAUAAUUUACAGCUUGAGAUCACCGAACGAGCUCGCAAACUUCGCGCCCAGUAUUCUCUCCAGGCAAAUGACCUCCGGGCUCGAAUUGAACGACGCGUCAAUCGCAUCCCAAUAGCCCUACGAAAGGCGAAUAUGGGCGAAUUGCUAGAGAAGCAUAGUACCGCGCCCCGGGUAGCGCACGACAAUAGCUCGCCCAGAAAGCUGAUUAGCCCCUCCAAGGGAUCGCGAGGAUUUGCAGGUAUAUCUGUAAGCCCUGCGAAGCAAAGAGCUGCUGUGGCUAGCCCGCAGACACAUAGGGUCAAGAAACAGAGCCACGAAGGUCACUAUUCCGACAAGGAGAAUGCCCCGGCAGUAGGGGAAUCGCUCGACGUGUUGAAAAACCCCAAACGACGUGGAAAAACGGGCGCUGGCGCGGGUACCUCGCGUGUAGUUUCUCAAGAAGUUAGAGGUGCCGACUACAGGAUCCUAUCGCCCAAGUCCUCAAACUCUAGAACAUAUCACCAGUCGCCAUUGCGUGCAUCUCCCGAAAAAGCCCAAGCAUCUUCCUAUCUCUCACGUCCUAUGUCGCCGUUAAAGCCCUCUAGUCCUCUCAAGUCGACUUCUGCUAGUCUUGCCGGGCCGACAGACGGUGCCCAUGUGCGUUCAGUCAAAGCCACACCCUCAGCUACUGCUGGCAGACCACCUUCGCAAGCCAAACGGCCAGCAAGUCGCGUGGCUACGGGAGCUCGGGCAAUCCGAUCACCCUUGCCACGACCUGCUACGCGUCAACUGGAACGCCGAGGUAGUGCCUCAUCUUCCACAUCGUCUGGGACCACCGUUGCCAAACAAACACGAACAGGUACUGGCACCAGGAAAGCAACCGCCACAUCCACAGCUAGUGCCCCAGCGAAGAAAACUGCCGCACGCAAUCAGAUCCCGUCAGCUGCGUCGAAAAUGAGCUCUGCUUCGGAAACCAGGAAGGCGACCGCUCCCGCAGGAGGUGAUGCUCCAGCAACGGGACGUCGAGUGUUACGAAGACGAGCAUAA